AUGACAUCUGUAUCGUCGAAUGGUGUUACUUGUUGUACGGUCCGCCCGGUGGGUAAGAACACACCUUCUUUUCCCAUAGAAUGUAUCGUUUUACCGCAGAUUUGCUCCUACAUGCCUUCUGUAUCUUUCAGUCGCGAGAACUGGUCACAUUUGUUGAAUUUAGUCGUUUCUGAUGACACCUACAAUACUCCUGGACCUAUAGAUGCUCUCAUCGGGUGCGAGUUAUUCCCUUUAAUUUUGUUGCCUGAGAAGGUGUGCGGUAAAGAGUUGGAACCUGUCGCAUUCAAUACAUUAUUUGGCUGGGUAGUGAUGGGUAAAAUUGAUCGUAUAAAAAGCAAGUCCUCAUAUUCCUGUUGCACACUAUUGGAAGAAAACCGGGAUAUUAAUAAAACUCUUCAAAUGUUUUGGGAAAUGGAGGAAGUUCCAAGUAGCAAGUCUUCAUUAACCCUUGACGAUCCCGCUGAAAUUUCUUUUAACGAGACUCAUUCUCGAACUCCUGAAGGACGUUUUAUCGUUACUCUACCGUUUUCCAGUGGUGAGCCAUUAUUUUCUGACUCACGCUCCAUAGCCCUAAAAAGGUUUUAUAGCUUAGAGCGCCGUCUUCUUAAGGAUCCUCCAUUAUUUGAGAUAUAUUCCAAAUUUAUGAAGGAAUACUUAGAGCUGGAUCAUAUGGAACCCGCGUCUGCUCCUGUCUCUGACGUUGCCCAGCGCCACUUCUACAUCCCUCACCAUGGGGUUACUAAUUCGAAUAGUACGACUACUGCAUUGCGCGUAGUCCUUGACGCAUCUUGCAGUCCGCGGGAUCGAUCGUUGAAUGACACUUUGUUGAUUGGUCCCAAACUACAAAAUGAAAUUGUAAGUAUUCUGUUAAGUUUUCGAAGGUUUCCUGUAGCAUUUACUGCCGAUAUCAAAAUGAUGUAUCGACAAAUACUUGUUAAUGACAGCCACCAAGACUACCAACGUAUUUUAUGGAGAUUCUCCCCUCGAGAACCUGUUCAAGAUUUUCGCCUAAAAACCGUAACCUACGGAUUAAAUUCAGCUCCUUUCCUUGCUCUGAGAUGUCUUUUACAAUUAGCCACCGAGGGUAGAGAUAGAUUUCCUAGGGCCGCAGCAAUUUUAGCGUCCCAAGUGUAUGUUGAUGAUAUAUGUGUAUCUUGUAAAUCUUUAGAGGAUGCUGUGGAUAUCAAACAACAACUUAUUGCUCUAUUGGAUGAGGGUUGUUUUUUCCUUAGAAAAUGGUCUAGCAAUUGUGUUGACUUCUUAGCUACUAUACCUUCAGAUAUUCUACAGAAACCUCUCGCACUUGACACUAAAUCCGAUCCUUACUUGAAGGUUUUGGGUCUCAGAUGGUCUCCAGAGAAGGAUAUCUUCUCAUACGACAUACAAUUUCUCAACUCGACAUGUACUAAGAGAUCUAUACUUUCUGAAAUCUCCAGAAUUUUUGAUCCAAUUGGAUUACUUUGUCCCAUAACUCUAUUAGUUAAGCAGCUAAUGCAAUCUUUAUGGGCGAGAGGUAUCGACUGGGACAGUGAAGUGCCCGCAGAUAUUGCCCAAAGGUGGACCGACUACAAAAAUGAAUUGCCAAGUCUGUCAGCAUUAGAAAUACCCCGUUAUUGUUUUAUUUCAAAGUAUGUUAGUUUAGAAUUCCAUGCUUUUGGGGAUGCUUCAGAGCUAGGUUAUGGAAGUUGUAUCUAUUCUCGCCUCGUGUCUCCAGAUGGCCAAAUUUCUACUUAUCUCCUCUAUGCUAAGAGUAAAGUAUCUCCAUUGAAGAGAUUGAGUCUUCCUAAAUUGGAAUUAAGUGCUGCAUUAAUGGCUUCCAAAUUGCUUAAAUAUGCCUUAAAUGUCUACAACAUUCCCGACGUACAAAAUAUUUAUGCUUGGUCUGACUCGACUAUAGUCCUAGGUUGGAUAAGGUCACCGCCCUGUCGUUGGCGCACUUUCGUCUCAAACAGGGUGAGUCAGAUUCAAGACAAUGUAGCACCUGAACGUUGGUUUCACAUCAAAUCAGAAGACAAUCCAGCUGACCUUGCGAGUCGCCCUGUCCUUCCGUCUGAUUUAGUUGACUGUCCCUUAUGGUGGGCGGGACCAGCUUGGUUGUCGCGUCCCUCCGAAGAGUGGCCCAAACACGAACUUGGUGAAUUGGACGAACCACUACCAGAAGAAAGAGCGACCAUUCUCACGAAAAUACUUCGCCUUAUUACUUAUUGGCGUCGUUUUCUUGGCAUUCGUUUUAAAGUGGUUUCAGUGGUUAAAAAGGGUCCUUUCACGGAGUACGAGUUAUUUCAGAGUCUUCUCCGCAUUGUGAAGCAAGUACAAGCAGAAGCCUUUUAUGAAGACAUUUCCAAUCUUUCGAACAAGAGUGUUUGUUCCAAGCCGUUAAGAAAGCUUGCUCCUUUCAUCGAUGAACAAGGACUUCUCAGGGUAGGCGGACGCCUUACUCACUCUCAACUUGAUUACGAUCAGAAGCAUCCCGUUUUGCUUCCCAACAAACAUAGGUUGACUGAUCUUAUAAUAGAGGAUUUUCAUAAAAGAUACCUUCACUGUGGACAGCAGGCCUUGCGCUAUUUUAUAUCUCAACGGUUUUGGAUUUUGGGUGCUAAAGGAGCUAUAAAACGUAUUGUCCAUAAGUGUUUCCGCUGCUUUCGAACACAUCCUCAGGUAAUAGAACCAAAAAUGGGCGAUUUGCCUAGUUUCCGCAUUACCCAAGCCAAGCCCUUUCAAUGUACUUCUUUGGAUUUCGGUGGCCCUUUUCAGAUACUGAUGUCAAGACAUAGAGGUUGCCGUACUCAAAAGGCUAUCUCUCUUUGUGUGUUGUUCUACAAAGUGCCUGCAUUUGGAACUGGUAUCAGACCUAUCCACUUCUGCCUUUCUUGCGUCAUUGCGUCGCUUCAUCAGUCGACGUGGUAG